AUACAGCAGGUAGCAGGGUCAGAGCAGACCAGAAACCGGGUAGGUCGGUCUGGAUAGAAAACACAGCUCCACACGGAUAAUAUCUGCAUUUAACUCGGCCGGACGGACUGAAGGACUCGGUUUAGCUAGGCUAAUUUGUUCACUUCAGCUCCGGAUAUAUAGCCUACAUGUAAAAUAGUUUCCUUUUCUGCCUUUCACCGUCAGUUUCAUCUCAUUCAGCCUGGAAAAGAAACCCAGCAGACUGACGACACGUUGCGCAACCUAGACAACAAUAACGAGCCAAAGACGCCAUCACCGGACGGUCCGCUCCGGUUCCCCGCCAGUCUCAGACCUGCUGCUUCCAGUCGGAGCUCAAACUUCAAGAAAACCUUCAGUUUUUAUGUCUUCAGCUACAUCUGUCCCCCAGACAGACAGACAGACAGACAGAAGGACAGACCAUCUGCUCCCCGCUCAGUCUACUGGGUUCCUGUUGACCUGCAGUAGUCUGUCUCUCUGAAGAACACAAGAUGAGCAUGGGCGUGGCCGCAGCCAGCCGCCAGCUGUGUCUGAAGAGGCUACUGGACGAGCCCCGGGACAAUUUCCUGAAAUGUAAAGUAGCUCGUCUCGAUCCCAAUCCCCCCGCCAACGGCCUCUCACGCUGCCUCAGGCCCAGAAGCCCCACCCCCAAGUCCAACCAGAGCCAAUCCCCAUCCAGAAUCGGACCGUACUUCCUGUCUGAACGCUGCGAGGGGGAGAAAACUUACAGGGCCGUCCACGCACACACAAAGCAGCAGUACACUUGCCAGGUGCUUCCUCUACGUGGUUACCAAGAGCGGUUGGCUGCCUACGCACGCAUCGGUCACCAUGACAACAUCUGCAGCCUGCUGGACGUGGUGAUUGGCCAGGACAGCGUAUACGUCUUCCUGCCCGGUCACCACGGCGACAUGCACGCGUACCUGCGAAGCACGAAGCGUCUAGGCGAGGAGGAGGCGGGGCAUCUGUUUACCCAGAUGCUGAACGCGGUGACGCACUGUCAUCGCCACGGAGUCGUCCUGAGAGACCUGAAGCUCCGCAGGUUCGUCUUCACAGACAAAUACAGGACUCGUCUCGCUCUGCUCGGCCUUAACGACUGCGUCCUCCUGGAAGGUAACCAUGACGACGACUCUCUGACGGACAGACACGGCUGCCCCGCCUACGUCAGCCCCGAGCUGCUGACCAAUGGGAACAGGUCUUAUUCGGGCCGUGCCGCAGACAUCUGGAGCCUGGGUGUGUCUCUGUACACCAUGCUGAUUGGACGAUAUCCGUUUCAGGACACGCAGCCCGCCGCCCUAUUCGCCAAGAUCCGCCGCGGGGCCUUCAGCCUGCCUGAUUGGUUGUCACCGCAAGCCAAGUGUCUGAUUGGCUGCAUGCUGAGGAAGUCGCCCACAGAGAGACUGACGGCGACAGAGCUUCUCAUGCACCCGUGGCUGACCAAUCCCAGCGUGCCACAUCACAAUAAGCACAAAACGCAUCAAAGCUCACACAAAACACUACCGAAUAAACAAGAGGACAAUGACCAGGUGGUGCCAACAUGGACAGAAAAACACUAACACACACAUUUGUGCUUCUAUACUUGUGAGGACCCACAUUGAUAUAGCGCAUCCCUUUAGCCCCUAACCCUCACCUUAACUGAUAUACUCCAACCCUUUACCAAACUUUACCUAAACACACCCUCACACACACAGUCUGAUCCUGGUUGACUUGACCCAACCCUCAGGUGCCUUCCUCUCACUGCGUCUCAAUAUGUAUAAAUGAAUGGGUUCAACUCGCAAAGUGGAUCAUGUCCCACUUGCCUUCAGUAUUAAACUAAGAACUCAUUAUUGACAUCCCACAAGGGGGAUUCGAUUGAUCCACUUCACACCUGGUUACAUAAUCUUUUCUGAUCUAAAGCUAUAGUGCAUAGUUUCUGCUGACCCCAUGAGGAAUUCUAAGUAAUGACAACAAUGCCACAUGACAUACCGAUUUGAUCACGCACGCACCCCCACACAGUUGCUAGCAGCCACAGAGGACCCGGAGGAUU